AUGCCAUCGGUCACGAGAGACGACGAACUGGCAACCUGCUUCAUACAGGUUACGCAGUCCAAUACACGACACCAACCACACACCUCCGUCAUUGUGCAAGGACCCACCAAAUCUCUAGCUGAGGAGCUACGAAACGAGACUGUCAAGACGAUUUCUCGUCUUCGCAAUGGGUUACGCUCGGGUUACGUGCUUCCUGGCAACGGAGGCUUCUGGUGCGCCUGUGCUGCAGCGGUGGAGCAGGAAGCGACCGCAUUGGUCCGUCAGGAGCUGCAGAGUCUGGCUACCACUCGCCUCAUUGAUCCAUUGACUCAACUGGGUGUUAUCCUGCUUGAGAACGCAGCGGCGAGCGAUGUUGAAGACGACUCGUUCUUUUCCAGACUGGCACGAGUCCGCACGGUGCAAAACCGGUUUACUCGGAGCGUCCUGGACGUGGGUGCUUCCAAGUUUUACUCGCGUUACUUCGACUUCCGAAGCGCAGAGUACGCAGUCUUGACACCCAAAACAACCGAGCCAGAGGGCGAAGACGAUCGACUUUCCCACGUGGACGAGUACGAAUCCAUGACCUCCGCCAUUCGGAAGAGCUUUAGAGUGAUCCAACUGCUUCUGCGUAUCGAUAGACACCAUGUUAACUAA